AUGACGGAAACGCAAAGGGACCAAGACAAACAGGGCAAACUCUACGGUACCAUUGAGGAUGUGUGGGGUACCGGUGCCGGUACAGAUACGGAGCCUUUUGAGGGAUUCUAUCAAGGAGCAGUGCAAGGGCGGAGUGAUCGCGCUCCCGAGUCAUACAACGUUGCUUGGCGAAUUAGUACACAAUCUACAGUCGCGCCCGCACCCGCAGAUGUGAAUGCCCUUCAGGAAUAUGAAGAUGUUCUUACUGUGAUCUCCGACACAGGCGGUACAGCGGAGGGGAUCGAAGUAACAGAGUUGGAACGCGUCGAUCCUAAUGCAAUGAAAUCAACAGUCCAAGAGUUGACGAAACCAGAGGUUGAAGCCAACAAGGAUAUCCGGUCCCUGGCCGGUGGAUUAAACAAAUCAAGAGGACAUCAUCUUAUCCCGGACGAUCCCGGUUGCCGACGUCACUGGGAACCAAUGCUUGAUGUAGUGAGCGGACGCCAGUUCGAUCAAAGCUCAACCGAUCAGCGGAUGAAGAUGGCAAAAAUCAUUUCCGAGCUCACGUUUAACAAGGUCAUCUUGAAUGGGAUUCAUCAGCAUUUUUUUGAUACUCUUUCGAGUGGCAAUCUUUUGGUUGUUCCCCUCUUGAAGCAAAGUGAUAUCGUGGGAUGGGACCACAAACAAACCUACAGAGUGCUUGUUGUGUGUGACAGUCCAAGAACCUAUGAGCUGUUUGCCGCCACGACAGAGGAUGCUUCUGCCUAUUGGGCUGCUGAAGAAGACCUGGAGCUUGAACACCAAGAUUCUUGCAGAUUCACUUGA